CGGGGAUGUAUUUGGAACAUUAUCUGGACAGUAUUGAAAACCUCCCCUUUGAACUGCAGAGGAACUUUCAGCUUAUGAGGGACCUGGACCAAAGAACAGAGGCCUUACAGAAGCACUAGAUACCGUCUGUGGCCUUCCUUGGACAUUGAGCAAGUUUGGCUGCAUUGAGGCAUUCACUUGGAGCCUGAGGCUACACUGCAGUGGUCAGACCUGAAGGCUGAAAUUGACAAGUUGGCCACUGAGUAUAUGAGUAGCGCCCGCAACCUGAGCUCCGAGGAAAAAUUGGCCCUUCUCAAACAGAUCCAGGAAGCCUAUGGCAAGUGCAAGGAAUUUGGUGACGACAAGGUGCAGCUUGCCAUGCAGACCUAUGAGAUGGUGGACAAACACAUUCGGCGACUAGACACAGACCUGGCCCGUUUUGAGGCUGACUUGAAGGAGAAACAGAUUGAGUCCAGUGACUAUGACAGCUCUUCCAGCAAAGGCAAAAAGAAAGGCCGGACUCAAAAGGAGAAGAAAGCUGCCCGUGCUCGUUCCAAAGGGAAAAACUCAGAUGAAGAAGCCCCCAAGGCUGCCCAGAAAAAGUUAAAACUCGUGCGCACAAGUCCUGAGUAUGGGAUGCCCUCAGUGACCUUUGGCAGUGUCCACCCCUCUGAUGUGUUGGAUAUGCCUGUGGAUCCCAACGAACCCACCUAUUGCCUUUGUCACCAGGUCUCCUAUGGAGAGAUGAUUGGCUGUGACAACCCUGAUUGUUCCAUCGAGUGGUUCCACUUUGCCUGUGUGGGGCUGACAACCAAGCCUCGGGGGAAGUGGUUUUGCCCACGCUGCUCCCAAGAACGGAAGAAGAAAUAGAUAAGGGCCUUGGAUUCCAACAGAGUUUCUUCCACAUCCCCUGACCUGGGCUAGUGGGGAGAGGAAUGCCUGUGCUGGGGCCAGGGGACUCAGGGGGAAGUGGAUGGUGCAGUCACCCCUUCUCCUCCCCCUCCCCACUCCUGGUGCUGAGGCUGCAUCCACACCCUGGUAGGGAGGGGUGCCGAAGCCAUAAUGGUAUGUGCUCUCAUUCAGCCCGCCCCCUUCAGAGGGAAGUGGUCUUGCCCACUGUCCUUUUGCCUCCAUGCUGAGGUUGGUGCUGUAUUUCUGAGGGAUGGUCCUCUGAACUCCCCUUGCUUUGUAUUUAAGGACUGGGGCAUGGGGGCACUCCCCCAGCCCUCCUAAUUCACUCCCCCGUGGGGGCACUAUGGUGUGAUAAACUUUCUUUGUUCUCUUCCUGCUUUUCCCAUGGGCUCCCCAACAUCAUCUGGGCUGUGGCCCUAGUUGAAGGGGUACCCCUUCCUCUGUGCCAAGAGGAUUCAAUUCAUCCUGGCCUUGUGAAUGGGAAAGGGGGCAAGGUGGAAUGCAGAUAACUCACAUGUAAAAGAAUUUGGGUAGGUGAAUAAAAGCUAUACAUGUUG